AUGGCCAAGGCAAAGCGGGCGUUUGAAAUCCUGAAGCACAAGAUCGUAUCGACCCCAGUAUUGAGGCACCCUGACAGGACCAAACGAGUCGUCAUUACACCCCAUGCAAAUCAAUGGGCCGUCUGUGCGGUCCUGGGUCAAGAACAUGACGGUUUGACCCAGCCAGUGCGUUUUGCGUGGCGUGUCCUCCACGAUGCGGAGUUGAGGUAUCACAUCGCAGAAAAGGAGGUCAUCGCCGUGCUGAGGGUAUUACAGGUGUUCAGAACACUCAUUCAGGGCUGUCGUUUCAUUGUGUAUACCAGACACUUGGUUCUGAGGUGGAUCAUGAAAUCCAAGACGGCUAAUGGGCGGUGUGUACCCUGGGGCGUUUUACUUUCGCAGUGGAAUCUGGAUGUCAGGAAAAUCCAGCGAGACGAAGAUGAACUAGCUGCAAUCCUGGGCGCCGGUAUCACACCUCGAGAGCAUUUAGACGAAGUCGCCGAGGAACUCAUCCCUGCCAAGGGGCGUGCGAAACCGCCACCGAUAAAAAGCGUGGAGAUGCUGGAAGAUACCUUCCAGGGUAUCGUUCUAAGUUUCGAUGGCGCCGCCAAGACGUCUACCUGGCAAGCGGUGGGUGUUUUGUGGGAACUCCCUGGAUGGAAAAUCCUGGAUGCACAGGGUUUCAUCCUCGAAGAUGUCACUGUGAAUGACGCCGAGUACUGUGGACUCCUGAAUGGCCUAACCAUGGCGCAGACCAGGGGCGUUAGAGACUUGAUCGCUGUGGGUGACUCACGAAUCGUCAUCCAGCAAUCCAGUUGUGAAGCACUGAAAGCAAAGUUCGAUUCAGUAAGACUGGUACACGUCAAGCGGGACUUCAACCAGGCAGCGGAUUACUUGACUUCCAAGACGCUGUUGCUUGGAAGACCCUGGAGCGUCCAGGAAGAUGGGGAACGUCAGCACCUGGAGCGAGUAUCCAAGAUUCAAGAGAAGUCGAUGAAUUCAGCCGAGGGUCACCUGGCGACUGGUCAUUCAGGAUUCGUUGUCACCCAGGAUGAAGAGGGUUGUCCGGACAAUCCUGGAUGCCCCUCUGCCCUGGAUGUCAUGGCAGCUCCACUGCCACGCGCAGCCAAAAUCUUGGUUGCCGUGACACGGGCUACGACCAACGAGCGUCAUCAGAGCCUCUCGAUCCUCUGGAUUACCAACGAGAAAGGCGGUGACAAAUUAAGGUGCACCAGGAACAAGAUGAAUACCUAUUUCCUGAACGGAGAAGUCGACCGGUUCACUUUACAGCGGUUACGGAGGAUCGCCAAGGUCGCAGACUUGUUCGCCUUGGAUGCCCGUGGUGUGCUGUAUCGGUUAGCCCAGUCCACCCGAGGCGGACCCCGAGAUGCUCAGGAUGAAUUACGACUGGUAGUACCUGUCACCCUGAGGGAGGACAUCUUACACUAUGCCCAUGAGGAUUUUCAGGGUGGACACCAGGGCAUCAAACGGACUCACGAGAAAUUGCUCUCUGAGUUCUAUUGA